CCCUUCCCCGCAGGCUGCCCGGUGCGCGCCGCCGCCCCGCCCGCCGGGCCAUGGACUCGGACGCCAGCCUGGUUUCCAGCCGCCCGUCCUCCCCGGAGCCCGAUGACCUCUUCCUCACGGCCAGGAAUAAAGGCAGCGGCGGGGGCUUCACGGGCGGCACCGUGUCCAGCUCCACGCAGAGCGACUCCCCGCCGGAGCUGAGCGCCGAGCUGCGCAGCGCCAUGAGCGCUGCGGGGGUGGUGGUGGUGGACAAGCUGGGCUUCAAGUCCUCGUCGUCGUCCUCCUCCUCGUCCUCCUCUUCCUCCUCCAAGAAGGACAAGAAGCAGAUGACGGAGCCGGAGCUGCAGCAGCUGCGGCUGAAGAUCAACAGCCGGGAGCGCAAGAGGAUGCACGACCUGAACAUCGCCAUGGACGGGCUGCGGGAGGUGAUGCCCUACGCGCACGGCCCGUCGGUGCGCAAGCUCUCCAAGAUCGCCACGCUGCUCCUGGCGCGCAACUACAUCCUCAUGCUCACCAACUCCCUGGAGGAGAUGAAGCGCCUGGUCAGCGAGAUCUACGGCGGUCACCACGCCGGUUUCCACCCCGCCGCCUGUCCCGGCGGCAUGGGGGCACACUCGGCUCCGCUGCCCGGCCACCCGGCCCACCCGGCCUCGCACCCCGUGCACCACCCGAUCCUGCCCCCCGCCGCCGUCUCCAGCGCCUCCCUGCCCGGCUCCGGGCUCUCUGCCGUCAGCUCCAUCCGGCCCCCGCACGGGCUCCUCAAGUCACCCUCGGCCGCCGCCGCCGCCGCCCCGCUGGGCAGCGGCUUCCAGCACUGGGGGGGGAUGCCGUGCCCCUGCAGCAUGUGCCAGGUGUCGGCCCCGCCGCACCACCACGUCUCGGGCAUGGGCACGGCCAGCCUGCCCAGAUUAGCCACCGACACCAAAUGAGCCCCUCGGCGGGGCGGCCCCGCCGCGCCCCCGGCGCCUCCAGGACCUACAAACGCUCCCCCCCGGCGGCAGCGGGACCCCCCCGAGGGGCUGCGGGAGGGGAUGGAGCCCGGCUCGGGGUCUGCCCUGCUCCCCCAAACGCCGGGAGAACCCCCCCGGCACGAGGAAAGCCCCGCGCAUCUCCUGUAUUUCUAAUUUUGCGACGUUGCCGAGAGCUCCGGAGGAGGGGAGGGCGGCGGUGCCCGGGCUGGCCGCGAACGGAGGAACCAAACCCGCCCAGGGAAUUCGGCUCCUUCAUCCGCUCCUUCCUUCUCUCCCUCCCCUCUCCCGCUCUCGUUUCCACACGCAGAGCCUCCGGAGCCCUUCCCGGGUCGCAUCCCCCCGGAAAGGCCAUCCCGGGGCUCCCGGGGCCGGCAGCAGCUCCGGGGGAAGCGCAGCCGGGAAUUCCGGGGCUGGGAAUUCCGGGGCUGGGAAUUCCGGGGCUGGGAAUUCCGGGGCCGGGAAUUCCGGGGCUGGGAAUUCCGGGGCCGGGCAUUCCGGGGCUGGGAAUUCCGGGGCCGAUCCCCGCUCUCCCCGCCGGGGCUUUGGGCUCUUUCCGCUCCGGGAUUUGUAAAUAGACCGAGAAGGACGCGAGUCCGCUCCGCCUGAGCUUUCCGUCCGUGCACUUGUUCUGUGUCAGCCUCAUGAGUGAAAAAGGGGUCGCUUUGCCUUCAUUUCGUUGGUUUGGGUUUUUGGGGUUUGUUGGGUUGUUUUAAGCGUAUAACACGUUUGUUUUGGUUAUUAUUUUUUUUACGUUCCUGCCACCUUUAACCAAGUUUGAACUCUUUAAUGCUCUUUCUGUGUAGGAACUUUCACCCUGUCCGUGUUGCAAUACUGAGAACUUGGGCUUGUUUCUGAAAUAACAACUUUUCUUAUCGCUGCCCCUCGCAGAGAUUUUAUCAUCUGUUUAUUUUUGUAAAAAAAACACACAAAAAAAACCAAAA